AUGAAUCGUUUUGGUGAUAUUGAUUAUUCAUUGACGAGACUUCCACCUGUUUAUGGUUAUCAUGUUCAACAAUUGGUUUCAUUAGAAAAAUCAUUAGAAUUACUUCAAUCACAAAUCAAUGGUUUAAAUCAUUUUAUUAAAGUUGCAAAACAACGUUGUUAUUAUCCAAAUGACUAUGGAUUAACACAUGAUGAAUCAGCUUCAAUUUAUGUUUAUACAAUGGAAUGGGGUGAUGAAAGUUUAUAUCGUCUUCUAAAUAAAAGUUUACGUGAUCAAAAUCGAAAUGCAUUAACAAUUUGGUUUCCAUAUUUAAAAUUAUUUGAUACAGCUUUAGAUAAAUUACCAAAUUUUAAAGGAAAUGUUUGGAGAGGAGUUUUAAAUGAUAUUGGAAAGAAUUUUAAAAAAGAUGAAAAAUUCACAUGGUGGAGUUUUAAUUCUUGUUCAUCUUCAAUUAAUAUUAUUAAAGAUUUUCUUAAAAAUGAAAUAAAUUCAACAAUAUUUCUUAUUGAAAUAACAAAUGGAAAGAAUAUUUCAGGUUUUACUGAUCAAGAAGAAGAAAAUGAAAUUAUUUUAAAAAUGGGAACUGAUUUUUAUGUUAAAGAGGAUGUUUUAGAACAUCCAAAAGGAUCAUUUCAUGUUCAUUUAAUUCAAAUUCAUUUCGAUGAUGAACAAUCUUUAGCAUCUGCAAUGAAUCAUUUACAAAUUCAAAUGAUGAAAAAAGAAAUUCAAUUGAAAAAAUGGAAACAAAAUGCGAAAAUUGUCGCUGGGGGAAACGGAGAUGGAAAGAAAUUAAAUCAACUCAGUGGAUCUCAAGGAAUUUAUGUUGAUAAAAAUCAAAAUAUUUUUAUUGCCGAUUAUGAGAAUGAUCGAAUAAUUCAAUGGAGAAGAAAUGAAAAUGAAGGAAUAAUUGUUGCAGAUGGAAAUGGAAAAGGAAAUAGAAUUGAUCAAUUGAAUUAUCCAAUAGAUAUGAUUGUUGAUGAAGAAAAUAAUUCAGUGAUCAUUGCUGAUACAGGAAACAAACGAGUGAUGAAAUGGUUAUUCAAUCAAAAUCAACAAGAAAUUCUUAUUGAAAAUAUUCUUUGUUCGGGUUUAACAAAAGAUAAACAUGGAUUUAUUUAUGUUUCUGAUUAUGAAAAGAAUGAAGUGAGAAAAUGGAAAAUUGGAGGAAAAAAAGGAAAAAAAGGAAUAUUAGUGGCUGGGGGAAAUGGAAAAGGAAAUCAACGAAAUCGAUUGAACUCUCCUACUUUCAUAUUUGUUGAUAAUGAUCAAUCGAUUUAUGUUUCAGAUCUUGGAAAUCAUCGUGUGAUGAAAUGGAGAAAAGAUGCUCGAGAAGGAAUUGUUGUUGCUGGUGGAAAUGGUAAAGGAAAUGAUCUCAGUCAACUGUCUUAUCCUACAGGAAUAAUUGUUGAUGAUUUUGGACGAAUUUAUGUUGCAGAUCAGUGGAAUGAUCGAAUAAUGCGUUGGAGUGACGAGAGAAGAGAAGGUGAAAUAAUUGUUGGUGGAAAUGGAAGAGGAAAUGAAUUAAAUCAAUUGUUUUAUCCUAAAGGUUUAUCAUUUGAUGUUGAAGGAAAUAUUUAUGUUUCAGAUUGUGGAAAUAAUCGAAUCUUAAGAUUUGAUUUAAUUUCUUCAUGA